GCCCAGCAGGUUCCGCGCCGGGAGAGCGCGCGGAAGGACGCGCAGCGACUCAGAGCCGGAGCCGGAGCGCCGCGCCGCUCCGCGAUCGUGCGGCGGCUGCGGAGCGGCGCUUGGCGCGGGAUGGCCCAUGGACCGGCGCGCUCUUCUGCUCUGCCUAGAGCCCUGCCCGCGGCCGGGGAUGCCAAGAUCUCUGGACUGCAAGCCUGCAGUGUUUUGAGAAGGAGAUGACUUGAGUGGCCAGCUCUUACUCCACAACAAUGUCCAUGAACAGUUCCAAAGAGCCAGCAUCUCCUGCAACCGAGCUCCUUUCAAAUGCAACUUGCCAAACGGAAAAAGGGCUUUCGGUGUCUUUUUCAAUAAUCUUCAUGACAGUGGGAAUCUUAUCAAACAGCCUUGCCAUUGCUAUUCUCAUGAAGGCAUACCAGAGAUUUAGACAGAAAUACAAGUCAUCCUUUUUGCUUUUGGCUAGUACCCUAGUAAUCACAGAUUUCUUUGGCCACCUCAUCAAUGGAGCCAUAGCAGUCUUUGUAUAUGCUUCUAAUAAAGACUGGAUCCGCUUUGACCAAUCAAACGUCCUUUGCAGUAUUUUUGGUAUCUGCAUGGUGUUCUCUGGUCUGUGCCCUCUUUUUCUAGGCAGUGUGAUGGCCAUUGAGCGAUGUAUUGGAGUCACCAAACCAAUAUUUCAUUCUACGAAAAUUACAUCCAAACAUGUUAAGAUGAUGUUGAGUGGCGCGUGUUUUUUUGCUGUUUUUGUAGCUUUGCUACCCAUCCUUGGGCAUCGUGACUACAAAAUUCAAGCGUCAAGGACCUGGUGUUUCUACCAAACAGAUCAUAUCACAGACUGGGAAGAUAGGUUUUAUCUUUUACUUUUUUCUUUUCUGGGGCUCCUAGCCCUUAGUAUUUCAUUCUUUUGCAAUGCCAUCACGGGAAUUUCACUUUUAAAAGUUAAAUUUAAAAGUCAGCAGCACAGACAAGGCAGGUCUCAUCAUUUUGAAAUGGUCAUCCAGCUCCUGGCUAUAAUGUGCGUCUCCUGCGUUUGCUGGAGUCCCUUUCUGGUGACAAUGGCCACCAUUGGAAUCAAUGGACCAGAUUAUCUGGAUGCCUGUGAAACAACCCUUUUUACUCUUCGAAUGGCAACAUGGAAUCAAAUCUUAGAUCCCUGGGUGUAUAUUCUUCUGCGGAAGGCGGUCCUUAAGAAUCUCUACAAGCUCACCAGACGCUGUUGUGGAGUGCAUAUCAUCAGCUUACAUGUUUGGGAGCUUAGCUCCAUUAAAAAUUCCUUAAAGGUUGCUGCUAUUUCUGAGUCACCAGUUACGGAGAAAGUAACUCAACAAACAACCACCUAGUUCACUAGGACAGUAAAUCAGCAUUAAGUCUAGGACAGGGUGAAGAAAAUUUUUGGUGAUGUUUCAGUUAAUUGUAGACAUGCAAAAAGCCUAACUGGAAAAAUCAGCCCUCACCGAGGUAGUUUGGGGGCACUUUUGUCAGAUGUGACUUUUGAAAUUUUUAAAUAAUCUGCGUAAUUGCACAUGUUCACAUGUUUUUCUCAACUGGAGGUAAAUACAAUUAAAUAAUGCCAUAGGAGUCAAAUUGAAAAUAUUUUUGGGCUUAUCUGUGUUAUUGAAGCUUUUGAAAUGAAUGACUCCUUUGAAGCUGGUAGCACUUACUUGGCCUGUUUAUCAAAGACCAUCCUAAUACCACAUACACAGUGAAAUGGCUCUUUGGGGUCACUGCUCUGUAGCAGUUCCUUAGAGACUAGGCACAAUGAGAUGGAGUGUCCGCUUUUGAUCUUGUCUGUUUUGUCCCUCAUUAUGCAGCCUCGAUUAAGACAUGCAUGGUCAUGUCACAGGGGUUCACUCUGUCUUAUAAUGACCUCCACGUACGUGAGAUGUGGCUGUCAGGUUGCCUGAUCUUGCGAGCCUCUUUAGAAUGAGCCUAUCCUUGUCAUAUUGAUGGAUAUGACUGCUUGCAUUUAUUAUUAUGAAGGUCAGUUGUUGUUUGAAGAUAUUCAUAAGUCAUAGAUUUGCACAGUUUUCAAUCACCUUUCUCUCUGAAACAUCUGGUGUAUAGUCAAUAAUUUUUAGAGAAACAAAGGCUGUAUCAGCACAUGUUGUAGGUAACUUGUGUUAUAGCAGUUCCUGAGAAGCUCUGCCAUGGAUAAUGCAAACAAACAAAAAAUAACCCCCAAGUGAUAGGUGCAAAGAACAUUGGCAAAGAAACUUUACCUUGGGUUGUCAUUUCUAUGUCAGAGAACAAAAGAAACACAACCCCUAGAGCAUAAAAUGCAAAGACUAUCUGUAGGUGGCAUGUUUCUGCUUUCCACUUAAACCACCACACACACACACACACACACACACACACACGCACACGCACACACACACACACACACAUACAAAGCCCAUCAGAAAUUUCAGUUGAAAGAGGGUGCUUUCGAUCUGUAAGAUGGCAUCUUCUACAACCUGUGCUGCAAUGUCAAGGGAGGGUUGGCAAUUCACCAGGCACUUGGAGGCUCUCAUAAUGGUUAACCAAGAGAUCAAGGGAUAAAAUCUCUCCCCAGAUUUCCCAGUAAGACGUUAGAUAUUUUCUCUGCUUGUUUGUAUAAAUUUUAGGAAUCACUCAAAAUAUCCUGAGUCUAUCAGAGCAUAGGGUAUUUAAUUCUGUUUUACAAUAGAGAAAUGCAUUUCUGUAAAAUGGGUUCUUUGACCUCAUUAACUGGGGUCUGUUUUAAAAUUAAUCUUCCCUGUGAGGCUUAUUUUAGAUUCUCUAGGAAAUUUGUGCAGUUCAAUUAGACUUAUUAUUUUCACAUAUUUUUUUGCUCCUAACUGGUAAUUUACAUUGGAAUUAUUGUUAACUUAGGUGAGUGAAAUUGGUAAAUUCUAAUGAAUAAAUUAGAAGAAAUUAAGCAAAUAGCCUCACUGAAGUUUUAAAGAUAACUACUUUUUUCCCACAGUGAAUUUAAGUGGGGCAACAAACAUAUGCACUGGCAUGUAAUAGUCUUAAUUUAUGACCAGGAAAUGAUUAGUCACACAAAUUUAGAUCAUCCUCAUAUAUAGAGCACAUAGUAGAUGCUUAAUAUUUGCCAAAUUGAAUUAAAGGAAAGAAUUUCUUGGUGCAAAGUGAGCAUAGGUGUGCAAAAAUUUUUGUGCAUUCUUAAUUUAAAAGGACAAAUACAUAUUGGUUAUUUUGGGAUAUACAUA